AUGGGCCUCUUUGGAGUGUUGCCCUUCUUGCUGGUCUCCUGCAUCACCUUCUUGCUUAUCCUAAUCCGGAGGAGAGGUGCCACAAAGGGCAAGCUGCCCCCAGGCCCCACCCCAUUGCCUUUGCUGGGCAAUUUGCUCCAGUUGGAUGUUCGGAACAUCGUAACAUCUUUUCAGAAGGUGAGUGUGGGUCUCUGCUGCCAGCAGGGCUGGGGGCUGCUAUGUGAAGGAGGUGUCCCAGUGCCAUUUGGAGUGGAAGAGGAGGAGCUACCCCUAGGCAGGAUUUGUUACUGCAGAAAAAGAGGAAACUGCCUUAUACAGAUUCAGACUAUUGAGCCAUCUAGUCAUGUUUUCUUCUGCUCUGCACUGUCCGGCAGUAGCUCUCCAGGGUUUUAGAUGGCAGGGACUGGACCUGGUCCUUCUGCAUGCAAAGCAUGUGGUCUUCCACUGAAUCACACCCUUUCACGCUGUCGCUUUCCCUUCAAGUAUCAGGUGUGUUCUUUGUCUCUUGGCAGUUCCAGGAGCAGUAUGGCUCAGUCUUCACUGUCUACAUGGGCUCCCGGCCAAUCGUGGUGCUGUGCGGUUAUGGAACCAUAAAGGAAGCACUCAUAGAUAAUGCAGAAGCAUUUGGAGGGAGAGGACCGAUGAUGGGUAUGGAUGAAAGCAUCAGGGAUUAUGGUAAGUGGCAGCUUGAAAACAGAGUGUUUGUAGCAGAAAUGAAUGCAACCGAAAGCUGGGAUGGGAUAAAUUCAGUGGCGUAGCGUGGGGGGGUGCAGGGGGGGCCGGUCGCACUGGGCGCAACAUCUGGGGGGGCGCGCGCUCGCACUCGCAGCUCUCUGCCCCUACCUGGCUCACUCACUCUCUCUCACUGCAGUGCUGGCUGUGCGAAUCCGAUCCGAGCCGCUGGGUUGCCGCCCACUGUGGAGGGGGUGGGUGCCAGGCGUGCGGUGCGGAGAGAGAGCGAGGGACUAUCUGGGGGAGGGACAGUGCAGCAGCCGCCCAGCGCAGCGCUGAGCGCGGGCGAGAACCACACCAGACCAGACCAGGCAGCAACAAGAAGAAGCUGGCAGCGGCGGCAGGUUAGGGGUUAGGGGGCGCAAAUUACUUGCCUUGCCCCGGGUUAGGGGGCGCAAAUUACUUGCCUUGCCCCGGGUGCUGACAACCCACGCUACGCCGCUGGAUAAAUUUAUCUUGCAAUAUUAGAGGAAGGGCCAUAGCUCAGUGUCAAGAGUACCUGCUCUGAAUGCCGAAUGUCCCAGCUACAGUCUCUGGCAUUUACUUGAAACAAUGGAGAGCAGGUGCCAGUCAGUAUACUGAGCUGGAUGGACCACAUGCCUGACUCGAUAGAAGGCAGCUUUCUAUGAUCACUGUCUUUUUCUUCUUAUUUUUGAACAUUAUCCAUAUAAACCCAAUAAUAAAAUAGAACUUCAUGAGUCAAACAUAUAAAAAGUAAAUCAAACCAAGCCCAGCCUGGGAUUCUACAUUCACAAGAAGCAAUAAUAAAGCAAUUUAUCUGGAUAUUUGCGAUGAGAUAACAUACAAGUGGAGAGUACCAUCAUAAUAAAUGAGAAAACAAGAGGUGUGGUGCACUUGAUUUACAAGAUAUACCAAAACAUGAACCUAUAACUGAAGCCACCAGAGGGAGAAGGAGCACUGUGAUUCUAUAAUUUAAUAUAGCUCAGGACUACUUUUAGCCUGAAAAUUGCAUUCCACUAUAGGAAACUUUUCAGUGAUGUGAAUGACUGUGGUAAGUGGUGCUGGAGCCAAGGUGUGGGGGGAAAGAAGAGGGAAAGGUUUGCAUGGCCUUUCUUCCUUCCUUCCUUCCUUCCUUCCUUCCUUCCUUCCUCCCUCCCCCCUUUCGCCUUCUUUCUGCCACACACACUUCAUCCUUCCAUCUGUUAUCAGUAUUUUCUGAGCUAGAUGGACUAAGUGGUCUGACUCAGUAUUCCUGCAUUCCUGCAUGGCAGGGGGUUGGACUAGAACAGGGGUGUCAAACUCAAAUUCAUCGGGGGCCGCAUCAGCAGUUUGGUCACCCUCAAAGGGCCGGUUGUAUCUGUAGGACUUACAGUACAGGAGAGAAGGGUUCAGGCAGCCGUUGGAUCUGUCACAUCACAGGAUGGCAUGCGCUCAAUAUAAAAACAAGUGGAGGUUUCCUGUGUAGAACGGCCGGCGCCGCUAGAGGGCAGACGUUCUCUGGCUUGUAGGCUGCCGCGCAUGCGCUGAAGAGGCGGCUUUCUUGUGUAAAAAAAAAAAGCGAGAAUAAAAGGUGAAGGCUGGCGGCCGGCGGCGGCUACACGGGCCACAUGACGAGGUCUGGCGGGCCGGAUUCAGCCCGCGGACCUUGUGUUUGACACCCGUGGACUAGAAGUUCAUGGAAAUCCCUUCCAACUCUAUCAUUCUAAGGCAGCUUUCCUAUCUUCCUUUUCUAGGGAUGGGGGAGAAAUUAGACUCACUUUCGAUUUUCUCACUUUCCAGUGUUCUCACUUUCCCCCAUUUCACUCCUAGGAAUGGCAAGGUCAACCAAUUUGGCUUUUCUAGACUUCUCAUUUUUCCACUUGUCCACAUUUUCACACCACUUUUCUUUAAAAACAGCAACAAACCUCUCCAAAAUUCUCCAGUGUUUUAGUUCGGAUUUCUCCUAGUAAGCACAUUUUUGUGUGCCGUUGUGACUAAUGUACACAUUUUAUCAUUGCAAGCAAGUUCCCCCAGUACAAUGCAUUUUGAUGUUAUUUUCACUGUUUCACGAAUAUAUCUUAAUGCCUGCUUUCCACUGUUUUUAUAAAUAUUGACUGGAGAACCGCACUGCAAAAUUUGGACAAGUGCAAAUUUUGAAGUGUGGCUGUGUUUCAGUUCUCCUAUUGUUUUGCAAAGUAUAAAUGAGUGUGAAUUAAAUGUGAACCGAAUCCUAUUUAAUGUAGGUAAGCUGCUUCUUCUCUCUCCCUUCACAGCUGCCUCUUCCUCCCUGCCCUCAUUCUCACCUUCUCCAUCUUUCAUUUCUUUCUUGUUGCCACUGGAAAGCCGAACUCUUGUUGGGAUGGUUGGGAGGUCCCAAGAAGGAGAGCCAUAGGCCUGGUGGUUGGUUCCUGUGGUCCAGAGGCCUGCCACCCCUGAGCUGAUUCAAGGCGGUGAAAUUAUGCCGAAAGUCUGCUUCCCCUCAGCUCAUGCCAACUGUCCCUCCAUCUUUCUGUGCGGUGACUUCCAUGCCAGGGCUUCCUCUAAAACUGCUGCAAUGCAGGGGGUUGGACUAGAGGACCCCUGGGGUCCCUUCCAUGUCUACAAUACUGUGAUUCUAUCCCUCUUCAUCUCAGAGAAACCAGAAACACAUUGCUUUUUCCACUGUUCUGUGUGUGGCCCUUCCAUCUUCUUUUGGACCUGACUUGUAGUGAAAAAAAUGUCCCCCCUGGAACAUAUGGCUGUCCCUGUGAGAACGGGAUUGUUAAACUAGAGGGAGGUUCUGUGUGCCAUUGUUUUCCGUGUAGCGCCUCCAUCUUUUCCCCCCCAGUCUUCUGCCUUUUCUGUGGCGUUUUUCUCCAUUUCCAGGCGUGGUUUCCACCAACGGGGAACGGUGGAGGCAGCUGCGUCGCUUCUCCCUCACAACCCUGAGGAACUUUGGGAUGGGGAAGAGAUCCAUCGAGGAGCGGAUCCAGGAGGAGGCCCAGUUCCUGGUGGAAGCCCUGAGAAAAAUGAAAGGUGAACGUUUCCCCUCAGAAGGGGUGUUCUUUUUGACAUUGUCGUAGCAGGAGGUGAGGAAAACGAUGUUGUAACUGAGGAACAGCCGCUCAUCCUGCCAAAACACCCGCCAUGCUUUCCUCACAAUCGUUCAGUCCCCUGUCAAAUAAGUGGGUCCGGCUUUCCUCCUUUGCACCUGCCGCUUUGCCCACAGAGUUUGUCAUCUGGUUUCAGGAGAUGGUGUUAGUCCCUUAGGAAGAUUGUGGCACGUACACUGGUACCUCAGGUUACAUACACUUCAGGUUACAUACGCUUCAGGUUACAGACUCUGCUGACCCAGAAAUAUUACCUCAGGUUAAGAACUUUGCUUCAGGAUAAGAACAGAAAUCGUGCUCCAGCGGCGCGGCGGCAGCAGGAGGCCCCAUUAGCUAAAGUGGUGCUUCAGGUUAAGAACAGUUUCAGGUUAAGAACGGACCUCCAGAACGAAUUACCGUAUUUUUCGUCCUAUAGGACUCACUUUUCCCCCUCCAAAAAUGAAGGGGAAAUCUGGGUGCGUCCUAUGGGGCGAAUGCAGGCUUUCGCUGAAGCUUGGAGAGCGAGAGGGGUCGGUGCGCACCGACCCCUCUUGCUCUCCAGGCUUCAGGAAGACAUCCACAGCCUAGGCAGCCUCCGGGAAUUCCCCGCAGGGCUCCCCACGCUGCGGAUAGCAGCCUGCCGCCCGGUGCGAGGGGCGCCCUGAAGCAGGGCGCCCCUCGCGCCGGACAGACAUCGGCCAGCCCCACAAGCUCGGGGGACAGCAGGGAGGCACAGCGCCGCCAUCCCGCUGUUCCUCGACCUGGUUCGGUUUCCCCGACCUGCUUUUGGGGGGGAAAUAAAGGAAAUAUUUUUUUCCUUUAUUUCCCCCCCAAAAAACUAGGUGCAUCCUAUGGGACGGAGCGUCCUAUGGGACGAAAAAUACGGUAAGUACUUAACCCGAGGUACCACUGUAAAGGAUCGCCUUCCUCCUUGUGUUCCAGCCCAGAUGUGCAAAAAAGGGUUUAAUCACCACAGAGGGGUCAAUUCCCUCAGAAACUCAGCCAGAUGAGUGGGGUAUAAAUAAUACAUUAUCAUCAUUAUUAUAAACCAUGGCAAACUAAGGCCUGGGGGCUGGAUCCGGCCCAAUCGCCUUCUCAAUCUGGCCCACGGACAGUCCGGGAAGCAGCAUGUUUUUACACGAGUAGGAUGUGUCUAGGGGCCUAGGGGCAUAGGAAUUCGUUCAUUUCUCCCUCAUAAAAUAUAGUCCGGCCCCCCACAAGGUCUGAGGGACAGUGGACCGGCCCCCUGCUGAAAAAAUUUCCUGAGCCCUGUAAAAACCUUGGGCUUGUCUGCCUCUGUUCCCUCUUCCCUCAGAGACUCAAGGGGUGAGACAUCUGGUGAGGAACCAAACGAGUCCUGGGAUUGUUUCUGUGGAGAAAUAAGACCCAUUUUUCUUUCUCCUCAGACCAGACAAGGGAUGUGAGCAAACUGAGCAGAGACCAGGGAGCCAUCCUCUAGUGGAGUCCUUUUCCCGCCUUUCCCGCUCCCCUGCCAUGAAGAGGCUUGAUGAACGCCAGGCUCAAAAUGGCUGCCUUUCUGCCAGGAGCUGCCUCUUCCUUUCUCCCUUUCUCUCUCUCCUCAAGGCCUGGAGGGUCAGGGGAGCCUUUCCAAGGCCAUGGGCCUUUAGAGGGCCACAGGAGUUGCCUCAGGAUUUUGUUUUUUAAGGAGGAUUCAAAAGGUUCUCCUGCCCUCUCCCCCAGCCCCCAGAGUAAGCCCUGCUCAACCAUCCAAAAUAAAUUAAUGACUAGACAUGCCUUGUUCUGGAAUAAAUUAAUCACUAAACACGCCUCACGAGUCCCUGAGGAAUUUGGAAGUUCCCUCCUAGAGGAUGGCUUGGAAUUGCAUUGCUGGGUGAAACUGCAAGAUGGCCUUGUCCCUUUUCCUCGUUUCCUUAGGCUUUUCCCUCAGCUAUUGAAAAGGCAAAGCUGCCUCUCUUUUACCACAGCUUUCCAAGUCGUUGUCUUAAGGAUCUCUUGAAAUUCACAUAUGUAGCCUUUUUAGGCCCUUUAAACCAUGGGUAGGAAAAAUGUUGCACCCGAGCUGGGACGAAAAGGAGCCAAACGACACCAUGGGGUUAAAUCCAGAGAAAGAGCUUUAUUCUGCCAUCCCGGGUGGGCAGAGGAGCAAGUGUGAUAAAUCACAAACAAGCACAAAGUUCACAGGCAUUGCACAGAGUUUAUAUCCCCCUUUCUAGUCCCCCCCCCUUCUUCAAGAGUCCUGCCCAGGAGUUCCUCUGAGCAUGAACAGAAAGCUGUCUUGGGACCAUUUUUGGACACAGGAAGGGGUGAGAGGGUUUUCAGAGUGUUCCCGUUGUUUCAUUCUUGUGCUUUGGCAUGGUUCCCAGACAGAAAGCAAGUUGCAACGUGGUUCUUUAGCAAGGCCAAAGGCUCUGAGAAAGGCCUGAGAAGACAAGGGGCUCUGUUCUCUACCUUGUUGCAAUCUUUUUUUUAGUUACAGCAAGCGCGGAAUGCUUAGCUAAUGCAUUUUGUCUUAGAGGAAAAUGCAGUUUUUAAAAUGCUCGAGGCGAGGCUUUUGAGGCCUGGCUGGGGGGGAAUUCACAGACAGUUUUUAGGGCUUUCUGGGGUAACCCUAACUGUACCCCUUCACUAUAUAGAGUUUCAUUUUCUGGGGCACAGUUUGCACAUGAGGGUGGAUAUAACCCUCUGUGUUUUCUGCCUACGCCUUGACAGUUUAAUAUUAAAUAAGAGUGCAUUCUUUAAAUGUAAAAUAAUUUUUCUUCUUUCCUUUCUCUGUCCCUCUGGAAAGUUAUUAAUAGAAUUGAGGAAAAUUUCUAUAUCUUGCCUAAUUAAGAGGAAGGACAGCUCCCAAGCUUUCUAGUAUUCUGUGGCAUGGCAAGAUCCUGACCAUGUGCAGAGGUUUAUUUGGCUUCAUCUAGCUGGAGAAGCUUCGUUUGCAUAUUUCUGGAUGCUGUUAAAACAUUCAGGAGCCAUUUUUAGCUAAAUGCAGUAGUGUCCAUUAGGCAUAUUCUUUCUCCUGAGGAAGGCAGCCCUGUUUAGGGAAGUUUUUAAUGUUGGAUGUUUUAUUGUGUUUUUAAUAUUUUGUUGGGAGCUGCCCAGAGUGGCUGGAGAAACCCAGCCAGAUGGGCAGGGUAUAAAUAAAUUAUUAUUGUUAUGUACUGAAGUUUUCACCCUGGGCCAGCAGGGGGUUACUGUUGAUAGUUAUGCAAAUAAGGGAUUGAAAGUGACGUUCAGUGAUUGGAUAGUUUUAGAAAAUUGUUACAGUUACGUUGUACUGGAGCUCUAUAUAAGCAGGCUGACUGAACCCUUCAGUUCAGCUCUGUCCUGGCCUGUGAAUAAACAAGAGCUGUUUGAAGAAUCGCUGUGUCGUCUGAUAUGUUCACCCACAACUUAACAAUUAUUAUUAUUAUUGUUAUUAUUAUUAUUAUUAUUAUUAUUAUUUAUUAUAACUCCUUUGACCACAGAUGCAUCCUGGCAUCUUAGGUGAUGUUGUCCCCAUUUUCCACCUCCGCAGGGCACCCAUUUGACCCGACCUUCUACCUCAGCCAUGCCGUCUCCAAUGUUAUCUGCUCUGUGGUUUUUGGCCAGCGGUUCGAAUAUGAAGACAAACAGUUUGUCUUUUUACUUGGUGUGAUCAACAAAUCCUUCCGGCUCAUGUUUUCCACAGAGUCGCAGGUAAUGGAGGCACCUGCUCACCUGGGACAAGAGAAUGCAUCCAUAGCCUCCUGUAACCUGCUUAUUUCAUGCCCUCCACUUUUUAAAAAAAUGGCUCAUUUUUAUUUGGGUGUGGGUUGGGAGGGCAUAGUACAUGGCCUUGGCAUUAAGGGGUCCAGACCAUGGGGUGCAAUACAAUGAGGAAGCUUAGACAGAUAUGUCUGUUAUUUUUCUUCAAAGAUGAAGAAUUUUUUCCCAGGCCUGAUGCGGAUCCUGCCUGGGUCUCACCAGGAAGUGCCCAAGUACGUGAAGGAGUUAAUAAACUUCAUCUCUCAGAGGGUCCAGAUCCACCGGGAGUCCUUCGAUCCAAAUUGCUCCCGGGACUUCAUUGACUGUUUCCUGGCCAAAAUGGAGCAGGUACUUGUUGGGGGGAACCGUGUGUCUCCCAGUUAUUGCAGGCUGACCUUCUCACCAGUCUUUGUUCUGACAUAAAGGGCUCGUCCAGACUUCCUUUUGUUCUGCAUUUCUAGGCACAGGUCCGCACUUGAAAGCACCGUGUCUAAAUGCUUCCCCCUUUUUCUUUUUGGUCCUAUGAUUUCUCCAUUACAAUCUACUCUUUGCCAAUGAAUCGGAGCAAACAGCAAUCCAUGGAAAAACCCAAAUUGCCAUUUGUUCUGGUCCAGCAUCAGGGGCGGAGCAAGGGGGGUGCAGUGGGUGUGGACCGCCCUGGGUGUCACCACUGAGGGGGGUGACAAAAUGCUGGGCGGCACUCACCAUGGGGCUUGCAGUGCGCCCAAGCCACGCAUUUCUCCUGGGAGAGACACGGUGGCUUCGGCGCUUGCAGGCUCUGCGCUGCCCAAACGGUCCGUCCGCUGCCUCCCCCACAGCUGUAGGGCAGCUGAGUGGGAGGAGGCAGGCAGACUCCAGAGGCCCCGCGGUGUGCCCUGCCCCUAUGGGCGGCUCGCCCCGCCCCUGGGCACACCGCCCCUGGCGCCUGAGCGGCUCCCUCCACCAAUGUCCAGCAUUGAAAAGCAGGUUUUCCUGGGGAAAGUGGCAGGGCUAACAAACAAUCAAAAAGUGGUUGGCCCUGGAGCUUUAAAGCACAGACCUCUGCCUAGAAGGCAAAAGGUAAGUUUGGAAGACCCCCAAGUGUGGCUUCCUUCAUGCAAGGGGCAAAGAAGAAGAAGAAGAAGAGUUUGGAUUUGAUAUCCCGCCUUUCACUCCCUUUAAGGAGUCUCAAAGCGGCUAGCAUUCUCCUUUUCCUUCCUCCCCCACAACAAACACUCUGUGAGGUGAGUGGGGCUGAGAGACUUCAAAGAAGUGUGACUAGCCCAAGUUCACCCAGCAGCUGCAAGUGGAGGAGUGGAGACGCGAACCCGGUUCCCCAGAUUACGAGACUACCGCUCUUAACCACUACACCACACUGGCUCUCUCACAUAGGAUGAGAAAGAGCCCAGAAAGUGAGACGUCUGUGGGACUUACACUGUGCUUUCUCCACUGAAGAAUGAUGUACACACAAACAGGAAGCAUCCGAGGAUGAUGUUCAAAAAAGAACGUCUCUUUCCCCAAAAGAUGGGUUCUUAAUUUACAUAAUUUGCCCAACGUGGUUUGGCCGAAAAUGCCUUUGUCAACGGCUUAUCCAAAAAGAUAAUAAUAUAGUAUUUAUUAAACUACAGUGGUACCUUGGGUUAACUUAAUUUGUUCUGGAGGUCCGUUCUUAACCUGAAAUUGUUCUUAACCUGAGGUACCACUUUAGCUAACGGGGACUCCUGCUGCACGAUUUCUGUUCUCAUCCUGAAGCAAAGUUCUUAACCCCAGGGACUAUUUCUGGGUUAGCGGAGUCUGUAACCUGAAGCGUCUGUAACCUGACUGUAUUGUUCAACCAUACUUUACAAAAGUUUAAAAACUUACAAUGGAUUAGAAUAAAAAUUCUAUUGAGUCAGAUAUCUAAGGUGAGGGGGACUAGGAACAGCUGCCAUAACACAGUGUAAAAAUAGAAAACUAAGGCCAAACACUUCUUGGUUCCUUACCAAACCAAUCUCAAAAGUAAAGGUAAAGGUAAAGGGACCCCUGACCAUUAGGUCCAGUCGUGACCGACUCUGGGGUUGCGGUGCUUAUCUUGCUUUAUUGGCCGAGGAAGCCGGUGUACAGCUUCUGGGUCAUGUGGCCAGCAUGACUAAGCCGCUUCUGGCGAGCCAGAACAGCGCAUGGAAACACUGUUUACCUUCCCGCCGGAGCGGUACCUAUUUAUCUACUUGCACUUUGACGUGCUUUCGAACUGCUAGGUUGGCAGGAGCAGGGACUGAGCAAAGGGAGCUCACCCCAUAACAGGGAUUUGAACCACCGACCUUCUGAUCGGCAAGUUCUAGGCUCUGUGGUUUAACCCACAGCGCCACCCGCAUCCCAGAAUCUCAAAAGUAUCUGCUGUCAAAAUAAAUUGAUAGGGCGAAAUCUCGUAGGACGACCACCUCAACCUGUACACUUAAAUAUUUUCUGUCAAGCACAGAUGUCUUCAUUUUCAUUAACUCCUAUCCAGUCAAUCUCAUUCAGGGAAUGCAUAAAUCAAAAUAUUUCUAUAUAAUAGAGGGUGACAAUAUACAGCAUAAUUGAUCUUUCAUAAUUGAUCUAAAUAUACGAAAAGGAAAUCCUGUUGGCCAUACACCAGCCUUCCAUAAAAUAUUUGUGUAGGCAUGCUGAUUGGCUCCUGGUUGUAUAACUUGCUCUCUUCUUUCCUCCUCUUCUUCCUCCCUGCGCCAGGAGAAAGAGAACCCAACUUCGGAAUUCCAUAAUGAGAACUUGGCUGUUACGGUUCUUAACCUGUUCUUUGCAGGAACAGAGACAGUCAGCACCACCCUCAGAUAUGGGCUUCUCAUCCUCCUCCGAUACCCAGAGAUAGAAGGUGAAAAAACAAGACCAAAUCUUCCUCACUCCGUCUUGUUGCCCGUCUUUUGGGCUUCCUUAUGGGUUCCUUCCUUGCCAAAUAAACCAGGACUCCCUUUUAGCUCUAGCCUAUGAAAGUUCCACUGGGACAAAACCUGAACUUUAGCCUGCCCAGGUCCUUUCUUUGAGCACUCCUACUAUUCUAGGGUUCACACAGGAACAGUGGUGGUUUGAUGUGAAAUUGCUACUGGGAAUAAUCUGGAGUAGUUUUAGACCAUUCCUAGCAGCUUCUUGAGAUGAUGGGGCAGGUUAUUGGCUUUUGCAUGACUGGAAGGUAGCCAACUGUCCAGUGUUAAGAGAGUCACACCUGUUGCUCCAUCCACUUUUGGCUUUGGUUCUACCCACCAUUGUCAUGUGGUCCCUGAAAGGUUCUACACAAAAGACUACGGUCCCUGCUUUCCAAAAGGUCUUCCUUACCCCCAGUCUAGCCCCUUAUUAUCUGCUUUGAGUGGCAGCAGCACCCCAGGCUCUCAGGUGGAGAAUGGUUUUUUCUAUCAGCUUCUACAUUAAUCCUUUAAUUGGAGAUGCCAGAAACAGACCCUUCUGUAUGCAAAGCAUGAGCUCCAUUUUGAUUUUACUUUUCUACACUGCUCUGAUAUAUAUCAGAAUUGGAGAAUAGCCUCUACCAAAGGCAUCAUGGAACUUUGAAGAAGCACAAACUCAGGAUGAAAGGGAGACACGUUUGGCAAAUUCUCACCACGAUCAACUCCCGCCCAGAAACCUAUGUCCCUACUGUGGAAGGAUGUGUGGAUCCAGAAUUGGCCUCCACAGUCACUUAUGGACACACUGUUAAGACCAUAUUCAUGGAAGACAAUCUUAAUCAGCCAAGAGUGAUCGCCAAGGAAAGAAAGGCUAUCAAAAAUCUUUCCUCCUCCUAUAAAUGCAUAUAUCUAACCACCUUCCACCGCCUGGGUACCACAGUUUAUAGUUUUAACCCUUCUCUCUUCUUUACAGCUAAGGUCCAAGAGGAGAUUGACCGUGUCAUUGGGAGGAACCGCAGCCCCUCCUUAGAGGACCGGAGUCAGAUGCCCUUCACGGAUGCUGUCAUUCAUGAGAUCCAGCGCUUUAUAGACGUCGCCCCACUGGCACCUCCUCAUUUGGUGACCUGUGACACACAUUUCCGGGGCUUCAGCAUUCCCAAGGUGCGGUGAGGCAUGUGGCCAACAGAAGCAUUAGUGCUAGGUCCAAAAUCCUACCUGCAGGUGGAACUGUGCACAUGUGUGUUCGCACCCCCCUGUGAAAGAGUAGGAAGCUGCAGUGGCCUAGACCAGGCAUAGGCAAACUCCGGCCCUCCAAAUGUUUGGGACUACAGUUCCCAUCAUACCUAGAAACCAGUGGUCAGGGGUGAUGGGAAUUGUAGUCCCAAACAUUUGGAGAGCUGGAGUUUGCCUAUGCCUGGCCUAGAUGGUUGUGGUUCCACUUUCCAUCAUUUACAGGAAGCAGAAGGAGAUGUGCGUCUGUGUAGUUCAGCAAACUCGAGGACUAAUCAGUGAGGCAGGAUGCCUGUGGUGCAAAUCACGCCUGAUGGACAGAAAAGCAGUCCCUCAUCACUGUGGAAGGACUUUAGUAUGGCAGCAAACUCAGUCACACACAACAUCCUGUUAUAAUUGUGCUGUCUUACCUUAAAUAACCUGAGCCAUCUCCACUCCUGCAUUUGAGCAGGUUUGAACUAACUACGUUUCUUAUUGUGUUAUUAAUGCAGAAAGUGCAAGAGGUUUAAGCUGUAGGUGGGUCUGGCACAGGGCGAAAGAUCAAAUGCAGGAUAAAGAGGAAACAGAAGGCCCUGAACUGAAUCAGUUGCAGUAAUAAUAGUAGUAGUAGUAGGAGUAGGAGUAGUAGUAGUAAUAAUUUCUACUCCACCCAUAUGGCUGGGUUUCCCCAGCCACUCUGGGCCGCUUUCAACAGAACAUUAAAAACAUUUAAAACCUUCAAAUUCCAUGCCGCCUUUGGUAGAGGCUACUCUCCAAUUCUGAUAUAUUUUAUAUAUCAGCAACCGUUGCUUUUGGGGUCUCUGUCUUUCCUCUCCAGGGAACCACAGUUGUGCCAUUCCUGUCGUCCUCCCUGCAUGACCCCCAGCACUUUGAGACACCGAGGAAGUUCAAUCCUCAGCACUUCCUGGAUGAAAGAGGGUCCUUCAAGAAGAAUGAGGCCUCCCUCCCAUUUUCAACAGGUAUUGCACAUCAGCUUCAUGGUAGGGAGGAACACAUGGGAGGGCAGGCUCGGCUAAACCUUAGAAGGAAUUAAGGAUGUGAAGGAGGAAAGAAAGAGUGAGAAGGGCAAGGAUGUCGGGUUAAUUAAUAGGAAAAUAAGUCUUGGAUUGAGCAUUGUGUUAGUAUUGCGGGAAUCGUUGCCAAUAAAGCAGACACGGGUUCUUCCAAGGAAACAACAACACCACAAACUGGCUAGAAUAGAGAUAGACCUGUAACCAUUCAAGCAACAAACAUACUAAGGUGCCAUGUGCAAGACAAAGCCUGGAGAUACUGUAAACAUGGAGUGGAUAAAUGUACAACUUUAUCUUAACAAGUUACAUGUGCAGUAAACGUUAUACAGACUGGAUAAAUGAACCGUUCAACAAGUAGCGUAAGUCCAAUCACAGAACGGCAACCCUGUGCCGCCACAACGGCAAGGGUAGCACACUGGACAAUAUGAAAGUUUUUCAAAGCUGUUUUUCAAAGACUGAACGGGAUGAGAUGUUCUUUAAUGGGUCUUGAGUUGGAAACACAAAGUCGUAUGCAUGGAUUAAUCACGGGAAGGCAAAUCAAAGCCACCACCCUGGUGAGAAUAACGCAAGUGGGCAACAGUUUUCUCAGGAUAAAGAAAGUAUUCACAGACACAGCUAGUGUUCAGACUCAUAGCAAGCAGUUAAAUACAAUACAGGUGUAUAGAAUCAAUCAUCACAUGAUUACAUGGUGCGGCAUCACUUUCUGUUACAACCAAACAACAGUAUACAGUGGUGCCCCGCAAGACGAAUGCCUCGCAAGACGGAAAACCCGCUAGACGAAAGGGUUUUCCGUUUUUCGAUGCGCUUCGCAGGACGAAUUUCCCUAUGGGCUUGCUUCGCAAGACGAAAAUGUCUUGCGAGUCUUGAGAUUUUUUUUCGCGCCCCCCCCUUUUUCUAAGCCGCUAAGCUGCUAAUAGCCUUUUAGCAGCUAAGCCACUAAGCCGCUAAGCCUUUAAUAGCCGUUAAACCGCUAAUAGCGCUAAUCCGCUAAUCCGCUAAUAGGGUUGCUUCGCAAGACGAAAAAACCGCUAGACGAAGAGACUCGCGGAACGGAUUAAUUUUGUCUUGCGAGGCACCACUGUACAUAUUAACUCAUACACAGCAUCCCAGAUCGAAUUCCAGUAUUCAGACCCUUUGGAUAUAAGGUACCUAACUGAAAUAUUAAUUUAUACUCCUUUUGCAGCUGGGCAUUUAUAGUACUGAACAAACAACUUGUCACGUGACAUAAUAUAUGUGCAUGUCCAAAGCAAGAUUAUAAACUGCUACAUAAGCAAAAACUGAAGUCCCAAGAAUCCCACCCCCACCAGUACAUGAUUGUCAACGCUGUUGUAAAUAACUCUUGGGGGGGGGGAAUCUCAAGCAGACUCUGUCUGCUCACAAAGAACCGGUGGGAUAGCCAUGGACCACUGGGGCAGGUAAAUCCCACCGUGUUCUGUUACAUGGUUAGUAUGCAUGUUGGGGACCCGCAUUACAUGUAGCCAUUUGCAUCAUGUAGCAACCCAUGUCCCAGCUGUGAGCUAAAUCUCCAUGAUUCACCUAUUAGCUGUAUUCCUGCCCCAAUGGGGCAGCCUGCAAAUUCAUCAGUUUCAUAAGGCAACAGAGUACCAUAACUCCUCUAUUAGAAACACACUCAAGGAGUUACAGGGAUACACAUUAUCACACUUAUUGUGGCCCUCUGGGCCACCACCACAGUUGGAGGAAUAUCGUUCUAAUAUUAAUAUUACUAUUAUAAUUAUCAGGGACGCAGGUGGCGCUGUGGGUAAAACCUCAGUGCCUAAGACUUGCUGAUCAUAAGGUCGGCGGUUCGAAUCCCCGCGGCGGGGUGAGCUCCCGUCGUUCGGUCCCAGCUCCUGCCCAUCUAGCAGUUCGAAAGCACCCCUAAGUGCAAGUAGAUAAAUAGGGACCGCUUUAUAGCGGGAAGGUAAACAGCAUUUCCGUGUGCUGCGCUGUUGCUGGCUCGCCAGAUGCAGCUUCGUCACGCUGGCCACGUGACCCGGAAGUGUCUUCGGACAGCGCUGGCUCCCGGCCUCUUGAGCGAGAUGAGCGCGCAACCCUAGAGUCGGUCACGACUGGCCCGGACGGGCAGGGGUACCGUUACCUUUACCUUUAUUAUAAUUAUCAGGCCAGUGCAGAGCUUGUCUGUGGCCCGGGGCAGGGGUUCUCGGUCAUCUGGGAAUAACAGGGUGUUUCUGGCAUGGCAGUGUAAGUCUGGCGGGGCCCCCUGGCCAGCUUAUCAUUCGGAAGCCCAGGGCAAGUGUCCCCAGCUGCCCCUCCCACCCUUUGCACGGGCCUGAAUAUUAUUAUUAUUAAAUUUGUAUACUGCCUGAAAUAUACUCGGAGUCGAGAGUGGAUUUCAUGCUCUUUAUUCAGCUCAUAGCGGUGAGGAGGAAUGGAAGUUCCCCCAGAAUGUCUGCUUUAUAUACAUUAUUUACACAAUGGGCCCCACGUGACUGGCUAAUUCUGGGAUUCACCUGUAGGCCAAUCAGGUUGUGGAUUCACUUCCACCUGGAGCUGGAUUGGGUGGCUCCUGUGGACCAAUCAGACUCCUGCAUUCUGGACCCUAUUAUUCUAGGACCAAUCAGACUGCUGCCUUUUGGAUCCUAUUCAACUCAGUACAUAACACUGCCCUUCACCCGAAAAUCUUAGGGCAGUUCGCAACAUACAAAAUGAAAACACAAAAUACAUAAUAAAAUCCUACAGUGGUACCUUGGUUAAGAACUUAAUUCGUUUCGGAGGACUGUUCUUAACCUGAAGCACCACUUUAGCUAAUGGGGCCUCCCGCUGCCGCCUUGCGAUUUCUGUUCCCAUCCUGAGGUAAAGUUCUUAACCCGAGGUACUAUUUCUGGGUUAGUGGAGUCUGUAACUUGAAGCGUCUGUAACCUGAGGUACCACUCGUCUUUCUUGUUUCUCCAGGGAAAAGGGUCUGCCUUGGCGAAGGUUUGGCCCGUAUGGAGCUCUUCCUAUUCUUCACAGCGGUGUUGCAAAACUUCCACCUAAAAUCCCUCCAGGAGAGGGAGGAAAUAGACAUUUCAGCGGAUGUGCAAGGCAGUUCAAAGCUUCCCCGGCCUUAUAAUCUUUGCGUGGUUCCACGGUAA